AUGCCCUCCCUAUCCACCUUCCUCCACCACCUCCUCUACACAACAGGCCUCCUAACCCCUCCCCUCCCCCAAGCCCCCCAAACCCCCCAACAGCCAACCUACGCAAUCGCGCACCGCGUCCUCCGCCCAUCAGCCGUAACAGCCGCCCUCUCCCACGGCGCCAACGCCCUCGAAGUCGACCUCACAGCCUGGCCCUCCGGCUGGUGGGCCGACCACACCGGAACAGCCGACAGCGCCGGCGCAACAGCACACGAACUGUUCAGCUUCAUCGCGAACGAGCGCGCACACGGACAGAACAUCAUCUUCGUAUGGCUGGACAUCAAGAACCCGGAUUACUGCGAGGACGAGGACGGGGAGAGCGAGUGCUCGAUUGAGGCGCUGCGGGAUCUUGUGCGGGAGACGCUGGAGCCCGUGGGUGUGCGGGCGCUGUACGGGUUCUACCAGACCGAGGAUAGUCGCGGGUUUGAGGUGAUGAGCGAGACGCUGAAUGGGAACGAGGCGCUGUGUCUGAGUGGGGACGCGGGGGAGGUUAUGAUGCUGUAUGAGGAGUUUACGGAGCUCGAUGCCGCGCAGAGGGUGAUGGAUUAUGGGUGGCCGCAGUUGGAGUAUGAGUUUGGGAGUUGUCAUGAGCUGCAGUACUAUACGUGCUCGGGGCUGAGGCAUGGAAGGGAUGCGAGGAAUCAGGGCCAGCUGGGGAUGGUGAUGGGGUGGACGAGCACGGCGGGGGAUACGGAGAGGGUUGUGAUGAUGCUGGACUGGGCUGGGGUGGAUGGGAUUAUCUAUGGGUUUCAGGAGGAGGACUAUGCGGAUGGCGAGGUGCCCAGGGAGGCGUUGAAUGAUAUCAAGAGCUUUGUCGAGGCUCAUGGGGAGGACCGGCGCAUGGCUACUGUGGAUGAUAGUCCUUGGUAG